AUGAGGAUGCUGUGGUGGCUUCUUGUCUUCUUUGCUCUGGGUCUUAGGGCCUGGGGUGUCUCCACCACCGUCUCUCGAAAGGAGUGGGGGGCGGACGCUGUUAGCUGCAGCACCCAGCUGGCCCUGCCGGUGAACUUCCUCGUCACGCACCACGUCCCUGGACUGGAAUGUCACAACCAGACCGCGUGCAGUCAGAGGCUGCGGGAGCUGCAGGCUCAUCACGUGCGCAGCGGCUGGUGCGACGUGGCCUACAACUUCCUGGUUGGUGAUGAUGGCCGGGUGUACGAAGGUGCCGGCUGGGACGUGCAAGGCAUGCACACCCAGGGCUACAACAACAUCUCCCUGGGCCUCGCCUUCUUUGGGACCAAGGAAGGCCACAGCCCCAGCCCAGCCGCCCGGGCAGCCAUGAAGGGCCUGAUCUCCUCUGCUGUCCAGAGGGGCCACCUGUCUCCCACGUAUGUUCAGCCACUUCUUGUGAAAGGCGAGAGCUGCCUGGCCCCUCAGCAGAAGGCAAGUCCCAAGAAAGCUUGCCCCCUCAUUGUCCUGCGGUCUGUGUGGGAGGCCAGGGAGACCCACUGCGCCAAGAUGAACCUCCCGGCUAAGUACGUCAUUAUCAUCCACACCGCGGGGCGCACCUGCAACAAGUCUGAUGAGUGCCGCGUGCUGGUCCGCGAUAUCCAGUCCCACUUCAUGGACAGGGAGGACUCGUGCGACAUUGGGUAUAACUUCCUUGUGGGCCAGGAUGGUGUCGUUUACGAAGGAGUGGGCUGGAGGGUCCAAGGCUCCCACAGCCCUGGCUACAACGACAUUGCCCUGGGCCUGGCCUUCAUGGGCACCUUCUCAGGUACCCCGCCCAAUGCCGCUAUUGUGGAGAAGUUCCAGGUGGAAAUUUCUGGGUAUGCAUCCUGA